GGACACUUUCUCGCAACAAUUUCUCCGGUGACAUUCCACACUUUCUGGAGGGCUUUGUUGUCUUGAUGAAACUCAACUUGUCUUUCAAUCAACUUUUGGGAGCAGUACCGAUUGAAGGUGUUUUCAAAAAUGCAACUGCAACUUCAAUUGUUGGAAACACCGGGCUCUGUAUUGAUAUUGGUAAUCUCCAACUUCCCAAGUGCAAGAAUAAGGGCAGAUUGUCUCCUAGAUUGAAACUAAUAAUCUCUUUUGUAGCUGGGUUUGCCUUUCUGGGAAUGGUUAUAGCGUUGUCAUUACUGUUUGUUUGUUCAUCAAGAACGAAAGGGAAAGGAGCAGGUCCAAGUGCUUUGGGGAACUCUACAAGUGUCAUAUAACACUCUCUUGAAGGCUACUGACGGGUUCUCCUCAACUAAUCUGAUUGGCAUGGGCAGCUUUGGGUCCGUGUAUAAAGGAGUUCUUGAUGUUGACAAUGGAACUCGUCAGCUUGUUGCAGUCAAGGUGUUUAACAUGUUACGCCAGGGAGCCUCUAAGAGUUUCAUAGCCAAAUGUGAGGCGAUGAGAAAUAUCAAACAUCGGAAUCUUGUCAAGGUUGUAACGUCUUGUUCAAGUGUGGACUUUUCUGGUAAUGAUUUCGAGGCUUUAAUUUAUGAGCUCAUGGACAAUAGGAGCUUAGAGGAGUGGUUGCAUCCAACUGCCGGAACACCCAAAAAUUUAAGUUUUCUGCAGAGGCUAGACAUUGCCAUUGAUGUUGCUUGUGCAUUGGAUUAUCUUCAUAAUCAUUGCGAGGCACCAAUUGUUCCUUGUGACCUCAAGCCUAGCAACGUUCUUUUGACAAACGACUUGACUGGACUUGUUUCUGAUUUUGGACUGGCAAGAUUUCUCUCAAACCUGACCAGUAACGUUGUGGGAAGUCAAACAAGUUCCAUUCGAAUACGAAGAACGGUUGGUUAUGCUGCUCCUGGUAAACAUCUUCAUUAUGGCAUGGGAAGCAAGAUUGCAACAUGUGGGGAUGUCUACAGCUUUGGUAUUCUCUUGUUAGAGAUGUUUACAGGGAAGAGACACACCGACCCUAUGUUUAGUGACGGCUUGAACCUUCACAAUUUUGUCAAGAUGGAUUUGCCACAACGAGUUGCAGAAAUUGCAGAUUCACUAUUCGACCCUAUUACUCCCGACCAAAGCAGCAUCAUGAGUGCUGAAAAAAUCCAAGUGUGUUUGAGUUCAAUAUUUAAAAUAGGAAUCUCGUGUUCUGAUGAAUCCCCGAGAGACCAAAAGGAUAUGAGUGAUGUUGUAACUGAGUUGCAAUCCAUCAGGGACCUUGUCCUUGGCCAGAAGCUUUUGUGA